UUUUAUAUCAAAUGGGUGCUCUAAAAGCCAUUCUUCUCUACUUGAUUAUACACCAAACAUGGAAGAUCACAGCUGAUGAUGAGGAAUGGAAGUCUGCUACUGCAACAUACGUUAAGGAGACAAGUGGAUCCAUCAUUGUAGAAGGUGCUUGUGGGUAUGGGGACCUUCACAGGGCCACCUAUGGAAAAUACAGUGCUGGACUAAGUAGCAUGCUGUUCAACAGAGGGAGUACCUGUGGGGCUUGCUUCGAGGUCAGAUGUGUAGACCACAUCUUAUGGUGCCUGCAGGGUAGCCCCUCCGUCAUUCUCACUGCAACAGAUUUCUGCCCUCCAAAUUACGGGCUUUCAUCGGAUUAUGGUGGCUGGUGUAAUUUCCCCAAAGAACACUUUGACAUGUCAGAAGCGGCAUUUGCUGAAAUCGCAGAGAAAAAGGCUGAUGUUGUGCCAGUUCAACACAGAAGGGUGAAGUGUGAUAGAAGGGGUGGGCUAAGAUUCACAAUGAGUGGAAAUUUUCACUUUUAUCAAGUACUCAUCAGCAAUGUGGGAUUGGAUGGUGAGGUGAUUGCUGUGAAAGUGAAGGGAUCAAGAACAGCGUGGAUACCUAUGGCAAGAAACUGGGGACAAAACUGGCAAUCCAAUAUCAACCUUAUUGGACAGCCUCUAUCUUUCGAGGUGACUACCAGCAGCAGAAGAACACUCACAUCUUACAAUGUUGCACCAGCAAACUGGCAAUUUGGCCAGAUAUUUGAAGGCAAGCAAUUCUAGUAUGAGAGGCUUUUAGAGUCGGGCAUAGGUUCACGCUUCCAUUUGCUUUCUCCAAGCUAUGCGAAGAAGUAGGUACUUGGUCAAACGGAGGUAAGAAAGUCGGAGAGGAAAGUUGGGAAAAAUAGGAAUACAAGGUCCCAGUUAUGUCUCUUUACCUGCUUUUAUUGAGUAGAAAGUUAACAACUCGUGAAAUGUGUAAUUACUGAAACGUUAAGGUUUAUGUUCACUUCAAAAGUCAAAAGAAAAGGUUAAGAUAUGUAUCUCUUA